AUGUCUUGCCACCCGUCAAGCCUCAAAGCUGCUAAGCGCCAACGUCCCACUACGAGACCGAAGAAAGUGGCUGCCAAGCAGCAGAAGCCUGUCAUUGACCUCACUGGCGAGGACGAAUCAGAAGAGAGUAACCAGAUGGAUCUUCAUUUGGAAUCAGACGACUAUUUCGCGGUGUUGAACCUGCCGCGCUCCGCCUCCGCGUCCGACGUUAAGCGUGCGUACAGGAAGCUGGCCGUGCAGUGGCAUCCGGACAAGAACCGCUCGAAUCCACGCGCCGAGGAGGUUUUCAAGAAGAUCAGCGAGGCGUAUGAGGUGUUGAGUAACUCAGAGAAGAGGAAAGUUUAUGAGAAAUACGGCAAACCAGGGCUGGAUGGGUCAGUUCCAGCUCAUGAUGAACACUUUGGGUUCCAUAGCCAUAGAGGCUUCUCAACGCAACAUGCACGAGACAUUUUCGAUGCUUUCUUUGGCGGCGAGGACCCAUUUGAAGCAUUCUUUGGGCGACGUCGAGGAUCAUCCCAACGACGUGGAAUGUUUGAUGACGAUUUCUUUGGGUCUACGGGCUUUGGAGUGAUGGGAAUGGGCAGAGAAUUCGGCAAUAUGGGUACGUCUAUUAUGGACCCGUUCUUUAGUAAUGGAUUUGGCGACAUUGGUGGAUCAGGUGAAUUUUAUUCCACAAGCUCGAGCUCUUCGUCGUCGACUUUUACCGACCGUAAUGGUCAUGUGAUCACGCAGAAGACGACGACAACUACAGAUGCAGAUGGACGCACAGAGACGAUCACAGAGGAGUACCGAGAUGGCAAGUUAAUGAGCUCGUCUACGAGUGGCAGUCGGUUGGCUGAUGCUGGACGGAUGCAGCUCGAAGGCAAUUACCAACGUCGUGGAUCGCGUCCGAGGUACUAAAAGCCAAUGAAAUGCGAAUGAUGGCAAGAGAAGGCACUCAACAUCAGUUUAAAAUAGGCAAACGAGGAGAAAACGCAGCAGAGGAAGAUUUAGUUCGACGCCGGUAUUGCAGUUUCUGAAUUUUAACCAGAAUAUUUACGUCAUCUGGAAGGAUGUCGGUCUCAGUCAUCUAUCCUGUGGUUAAUUGGAGUUUCUGCUCAUUUUCACGUUGGAUGGUCUGCAUCAGGUGGUCGAUAAACUCGGAAGCAGUUGCAGUUCGCGUCUGAAACAUGAGAAAGUUAUUCUUAGCAAAUAUAAAAUCAAAUUUCAAGUUUGCGUACCUGAACAAAG